GGAGCAUAGCACCACAACUAAAUCUACAUUCGUUGAGAAAUACGGUCGCCCAAGAACUUCCAUGAAACCGAACCAGAAAACUAUUGAUGUUUCCCAACCACACGAUUUCAACACUAUCUCUGGAAUGUGCUACAAGUACCCCCCCUCAUCAGCUUAUGAGAUCGAAGAGUUCGAAGUAAAAUGCUGAUUAAACAUUCUAAGGCACAGGUGUCUACAAACAGCAUGAGGUGUACAAUGAAAAGAACUCCUUGUAGUUCAAGCAACAAACAUAAUGGACGUCCAAGGACUAAGUUAUCAACCAUGAGAUCGGUGGCGCUUUUUAUUACCUCGUAUUGCCAUGCCAUAGCGAUGUCUUCUGCAAGCCCCGUGUCUAGAUUACAUGAAAUCACGCCCGUGGAUAACUCGGUGCCUGCGGAAGUGGACAGUGGAGUGAAUUUCCUGGUAAAAUAUGGAUACUUGGCGCCCCACGACCGAGAACGUUCUGAAGAUGACCUAAUGGCUGCUACAUCCAAGUUCCAGAAGAUGUAUGGCCUCACAGAUACUGGAUUACUGGAUGAGGACACUCUGUACUUGAUGCAGCAACCAAGGUGUGGACUCUGGGACAUUCCUUCCAAAAGAGUUGAUUCAGAAUUAGAAAUUUCCAAUACUCAUGUUCCACUUCGUCAAAUGGUCAGUAACACAACACUGAAACCAGUCAAGGCAACUCCAGUUCUCGAAGCUCUUGCGAAACUGAGUCGGAAGAAACGUUAUACUUUGAUGGGACAUUGGCCAAGCAAAAGAAUAACAUACGGAUUCCGCAUGUACACCGAUGACAUGUCGACUCUGCAGCAGCAAGACGCCGUCGCUCGUGCCCUAGACGUUUGGAGCAAGAACACCCCAUUGGUCUUCACCCAGCAAUGGCAGAAAGAUGUGGAUAUUAUGAUAUCAUUCCCGCGGGGCUACCACAACGACGGCUACCCAUUCGACGGUCCAGGACACACCCUAGCGCAUGCUUUUUACCCCGGCAGGGAUUACGUAGACGGGGACGUGCAUUUUGAUGGAGAUGAAAAAUGGACGUACAUGUCACAGGAAGAUGGUACAAGCUUGUUCAUGGUUGCCGUACACGAGUUUGGACAUGCUCUUGGUUUGGGCCACAGCACCAGCAAAGGUUCUGUAAUGCUGCCAUUCUACCAGGGUUAUAAGGAAGGCAUUAGUUUGAGUAGUGACGAUAUUCAAGCCAUUUAUACCCUUUAUGGGUCGGAAAAACAGAAUGGACCAUUAUUAUCACAAGACGAUCCAUUCGUGUUCGCAAGUCCCACGCUUGGCUCUACAAGAGGAAUUUUUCAGGAAAACAACAAGCUACCGAUCACCCAAUCUCCCGAGUUAUGCGAAAAGGAAUUCGACGCAGUCGCGAAUAUCAGGAGCGACAUUUAUUUCUUCAGGGGCAAUUACUUCUGGCGCAUCCUGAAAGAUGGACGAGACGACCGAAUCAAAAUGAGCCGAUUUUGGACAAAUUUCCCAAAUGUGAACGUAGACGCCGCUUACUCCCGUGACGAAAAGACUUUCUUUUUUUCGGGCACGAGAUACUGGGCCUACUCUGACACGAAUAUGGUUGCGGGUUCGCCCAGACCAAUAAGCGACUUCGGUCUGCCGAUGGAUGGCGGUAUAGACGCUGCUAUGAUCUGGGACAGCAACGGUGGAACUUAUUUUUUUAGGGGCGAACGAUUUUGGAAAUACGAUGAGGAUCGUAGACAGAUAGAGCUGGGCUAUCCAAGAAACAUCAGCGUUUUGCGUGACGUACCUGCUAAUAUUGAUGCCGCGCUUUCGAAUCCUUCCGACCGUUCAGUUUACUUCCUAAAAGGCACAAGAUGCUGGAAGCUGGAUGAUGAUUUACUCUCUGUCAGCAAAGGUUAUCCGGAGUACAUAGGUGUAACAUGGUUUGGAUGCGACCGUGGGAUGUAUAGUGGGGUUAGAGAACCAGAUCAACCCAAAAUACCCCACAAAGGUUCAAACCACACCACCUCUGAAGUUGGAAAUGGACGAAACGCAGCGAAGGCUGUGGUUAGUCUUAAUCGUACCGUUAUUCUUGUUGUAUUACUCACUGUAAGCGUGUUGCUACUUUCAUGAGCGUCAAAGGCGCUCCUCGUUUCGCUAAUUUGGUCAUAGCGAAGAGUGAAACGCUAGGCUGUGAGAUAAAUAUCAAACCGAAUUCAGAGUUCACAUAUACCGUAUUUUUGAAACUGAAUGAAACCUGGAGUUUUUUUUUUGUUUUCAGCCAUCAACAGCGCGGUUAUAAAUUUCAUACUUUGACGCUUUUCAAUUGUUUUAAUAUGCUUCAAAUGAUUUUCUCUUGUAUCAACAAACUGCAUGAUCCCCUUCCAGUUAUUAUCUUGUUCCAAACAAGUUUUUUUCUGUCAGUUUUAUAUUUAUUGCCUUCCGAUUUCGUAUAUUCAUCUAAACUUUACAAAAGUACAGUCAUUCUCAUUGACCAACUAAACUUGUAUAGAUGAGGAGAUGGUUCACUAUUCCCGUUUCAUUAAAACUAAAAUUAUAUAUUGUAUUUGAAGCCCAGUUUUAUUCUGUAAAAAUAUAAAUUGGAUAAAUGUUGCUUUGAAUUUUAAGUUUAAAUAACAUUUUGUUUCUGUAAUUUUAAUUGAACUUUAGAAAAAUAUAUUAGCUUAGUGAAAGUCAGGGUACCGCCAUUGCAGAGGAAUGUUUUUGAGUAUACCUUGUGUACUUUUGCAAGAGACCCGCAAUAAACGCAUCACGAUCUCCCACUGUUUCAAAAA